UCCCCAGUUUUUAACACAUGUAUGCAUGGUGUGAAGUAAAAUAUCCUGGUCAGCUUAUACGUGCUGGUAUUUUUUUAUCGUAUUUGAUCGCUAAAUAUAGUUACUUCUCCAGGAUGAGCUCACAGAUAACAUGUGUCGGAUGGGUAAAGCGUGGCGUUGCCAAGGAAACCCCGGACAAAGUUGAGUUAAGCCAAGAGGAGCUGCAGCGCAUCAUUACUGAAGCAAAAGAAGAGCUGGGACAACAAGCAGCUGAGGAAGAGGAAGAAGAUGAAGAGACCAUUGAUGAUGAGCAAAACCCCAGCAGUGUCACAACAGGUGUGGGUGAAACAACAAAGGAUGAGAAUGAAGAAGGAAAGGAGGAAGAUGAACUAGCAGAGUAUGGCCUGGACAAAUAUGAUGAAGAGGACAUAGUGACAGCCAAUCUCGGUGACAGUCUGGCAGGGCUUACAGUGUUCAGUUCCAACCAGGAGGAUCCUUAUAUUACCAUCAAAGAUACAGACCAGUAUGAGCGAGAGGAUUUCCAAAUAAAGCCAAAUGAUAAUCUCAUCGUCACAGGCAAGGCGGACAAGGAUUGCUGCAAUUUAGAGAUUCAUGUGUAUAACUCUGAGGAGGACUCUAUUUAUGUUCAUCAUGAUAUUCUGCUGCCGGCCUACCCACUGUGUGUGGAGUGGCUGAACUUUGACCCAAGCCCAGGAGAAGGACUAGCUAACUAUGUGGCUGUGGGCAACAUGACUCCACAGAUAGAUGUGUGGGACCUGGAUGUAGUAGACUGUUUAGAGCCAGUCUUCUCCCUGGGAAGCAAAAAGGCCUCAAAGAAGAAAAAGAAGAAUAAGAAGGGAGCAGCAGCAGAACCUGUUGAGGGGCACACUGAUGCAGUACUGGAUUUAUCCUGGAAUAAACUCAUCAGGAAUGUAUUGGCCAGUGGCUCAGCAGAUGACACUGUCAUCCUGUGGGAUCUGUGUCAGGGAAAACCAGCAACAACUCUGCGCAAGCACACUGAUAAGGUUCAGACAUUAGCAUUCCACCCAUUUGAAGCACAGACUCUGAUAUCAGGAUCAUUUGACAAGACAGCUAUCCUGUAUGACUGCCGUAGCCCAGACAGCAGCUACCGGAGUUGGAAGUUUAGUGGUCAGCUAGAACGUCUGGUCUGGAACCAAUUUUCACCCUGUAAUUUCUUGGCCAGCACAGAGGAUGGUUUUGUCUACUGUCUAGAUGCACGUUCAGAUAAACCUGUGUUCACACUGAGGGCACACGAUGAAGAAGUAUCAGGUUUGGACCUCAGUAGUCAGAUUAAAGGAUGCCUCGUCACAGCAUCUGCGGACAAACAUGUUAAGAUCUGGGACAUUUUGGGAAACAAACCCAGUCUUGUGCACUCACGAGAUAUGAAGAUGGGAGUGGUGUUCUGUGCCUCAUGUUGCCCUGAUCUGCCCUUUGUUUAUGCCUUUGGGGGACAGAAGGAUGGCUUGCGGAUUUGGGAUAUAAGUGAUGUUGCUGCAGUGACAGAGGUGUUUGGCAGCCGAGAGCGUCUGGUGGUGAACACAGGAUCCCAGACAUCCAGCACUGCAGCCUCAGCAGAUAUGGAAGUGUCCUAACAAUGAUCUAGAUUUGGCACAAAUGAAGCCUGUCAACAUGAGUAAACGGAACUUUCCAAGAAAUACGUCAUGCUGCUCAGCUUGUUUGCCCUGUUUCUUGUAACGCAGCAUUUAACAGCAAAGAAUUAGAUUGAAUGAAGCUGUUGUUGCAAAACUUGACAGAGGUGCCUGAGUCCAAACUGGACCUGAUGUUGGUUCAGCUUUUCACUCAACAGUCGUGGGACAUUCAAAGACAUUUUAAGAAAAACAAAAAUGUUCCUUAUAUUCAUAGUAAUGAAUAUAUCUGAUUCAUAUUUUUGUUAUCUUUUUUCAUUUUUGGUGGAAGCUGUUAUGCAGCAGCUGACAGCUUGAAUAGUUUUGAUUCUUGAUAUUUGUUUUAGAUUCCCUCAGUUUGGUUCUCUUUCUUCAUUGACAAUUGUAAUAUUCACCUAAAUUUGUUGGAUGAACAACUAUUUUAGAGAAUGAUUAUGCAUAACUGGGGUUCCUGGUAAUAAACAGUAAAAUGAAAUAUUGUAAGAAUAUUGUAUACAAACAUAGACCAAUAAAAGAAAACUCAUAAGUGUUUGAAUUUAUGUUUUCUUUAUUCCGUUCUGAUAAAACAAUUACAUGAAAUA